AUGACGGGCAUUUUAAAGCCAUCGGGUUCGUUCACCAUCACGCCACACAAGGUCUCCAUCUGCAUCCUUCUACAAGUAUACGCUCCGCCUGCUCAAAUCUCAGUCCCAUUCCCUUUCUCGUCUGUUGCCCAGCACAACCGCCUCGGCUUGUUCUUAUUAGCGCUCACCAAGUCAUGUGAUGAUGUUUUGGAGCCAAAGCUUGAUGAGCUUAUGACUCAAUUGAGGGAAAUUGGUGGCUUACUGAAUCAUUGGUUAAGUGAUCAUUUAACUCAUAAGUUGUCAUCAUUUUCGGCGCCUGACGACUUGUUUAACUUUUUCAGUGAUUUACGAGGCAUUCUUGGGGGCCCGGAUUCGAGCGUUUUGGAUGAUGAUCUGAUCAUGUUGGAUCCCAGUAGCAACCUUGGAAUGUUUCUCCGUCGUUGCUUGCUUGCCUUCAAUCUUUUGGUGUUUGAGACACACCAUAUGGGGGCUUAG